UGUGCACAGUGUUGACCUCAGUACUGCUGAUGUCAGAGAAAGUGCUGGAUGAGUUCAACCCAAAGAGGUUCACAUCAGAACAUUCAGACUACAAGAGACUCAUUCCAGCUGUGAGAUGCUGUAGAAAAGCUCUAUUUGAAAGCUGUGGUUUUGAUGAAACAUGCUGUGAAACUCUGUCUUCUGCUCUACAAACAUCAAACCAUCUGACAGAGCUGAACCUGAGUAACAAUGAUCUGCAGGAUUCAGGAGUGAAGCUGCUUUCUGAUGGACUGAAGAGUUCACACUGUCGUUUAAACAUACUGAGGCUGUGUGGGUGUCAUCUCACUGCUCUGUCCUGUGAAAGUUUAUCUUCAACUUUACAAUCCUCAAACUCUGUCCUGAGAGAGCUGCACCUGAGUAACAAUGACCUGCAGGAUUCAGGGAGUGAAGCUUCUUUCUGAUG